AUGGCUGACAUUCUUUUUGAAGAUAUAUUUGAAGUAAAAGAUAUUGAUAGUGGCGGAAAAAAGUUUCUUCGAGUUUCACGUAUUUUUUGUGAAUCGGAAUCAUUUAAAAUGGAUUUAAUUCUUGAUGUUAAUACACAAAUUUAUCCCAUGGAACUCGGUGAUAAAUUUCGUUUAAAAAUAUGUACAACAUUACGUGAAGAUGGUAAACCAGAUACAGGUGAAUUUAAUCAACAUGAUAAUGCACCUAGUCGUGCUGAUCAAUUUGAAUAUGUAAUGUAUGGUCAAGUUUAUCGAAUUGAAGGUGAUGAAUCUGGCAGUGAUACAGGUUCUACAUUAUCAGCCUAUGUAUCAUUUGGUGGUCUUUUGAUGCGUUUAAAAGGUGAUGCUAACAAUUUACAUGGAUUCAAAAUUGAUUCAAGUGUUUAUCUACUCAUGAAAAAAUUGGCUUUUUAA